GAACCGUGGUUCUUUCUCGAGAGCCUCGAGUGGAGAGGGGAGUUGUUAAUAUCUUGUACUCCAAGAUAAAAGUAAAAGAAUCUGGAAGUGGAAAGGGAUUAGGAUUUUUAUGCAAUACUGCUUCAGCCCUGGGGCGUCGGAGUUGUGAAAUCGGCAACUGUUAUUGCGCCGAUUGGUUUCUUCGGUAUAUGUUCAGGAUGGAGAUUGAUUCAUCAUCAUCAUCCUCCGAACCUAAUACGCCUCUUCUUUCCCCAAAAGAUCGUAUACUCAAGAGGCUUGUCCUGAUAGGAAUUCCUGAAGAGAGCCUUGAGCAUCAGGAGUCCGGGUUAAUUUCAUAUGUUAAGGAAAACAACCUUCAAAUAUCGGAGAUCGUCUCUGCUAUUUUGCCAACUGAUGUUGAAGUAGAGGCUGCUAUGGAAGCACAGACAGACCCUGCUAGAUCAAGCACCGACGAUUUACUACAUGAAAGCAUGACCUGGUUGCAGUGGUUGAUGUUUGAGGGUGAUCCUGACGACGUCCUACAACGCCUAACAAUGAUGAAUGUUGGGCGGCGUGGUGUUUGUGGGGCUGUUUGGGGCCACAAUGACAUAGCAUACCGUUGUCGAACAUGUGAACAUGAUCCAACUUGUGCAAUUUGCGUCCCAUGUUUCCAGAAUGGUAACCAUAGUGACCAUGAUUACUCCAUUAUAUACACUGGUGGUGGAUGCUGUGAUUGUGGGGAUGUGACUGCAUGGAAGCGUAGUGGUUUUUGUUCUAAACAUAAAGGAGCAGAACAGAUACAGCCACUUCAAGAGGAUGUUGCAAAUACUUUAGGUCCUGUUCUGGAUUGCCUUCUCCUUUGUUGGAAGGACAAACUGUUAUGUGCAGAGAUCAUCCAUCAAGCUAGUGUUGAUGAUAAUGUUGCCGACCAGAGAAAGGUUGCAGAUGAGCUGACAUCUGCAGUUGUGGAGAUGCUGAUGGAAUUUUGCAAGUGCAGUGAAAGUUUGCUUAGUUUUGUUUCCAAUAGGGUGUGCUCUUUGGUUGGUCUGUUGGAUGUCCUUGUAAUGGCAGAGAGGUUCUUGAGCAUGGAUGUUGUUAAGAAGCUUCAGGAGUUGCUCUUGAAACUACUAAGUGAUCCUUUUUUCAAGUAUGAGUUUGCAAAAGCUUUUUUAAGGUAUUAUCCUGCAGUUGUAAAUGAAGCUGUAAAACAGGGUAAAGAUUCUAUUUUCAGAAAGUAUACACUAUUGCCAACAUUCUCCGUACAAAUUUUCACGGUCCCUACUCUGACGCCCCGACUUGUUAAGGAAAUGGAUCUCUUAGCCAUGCUGUUGGAUUGCUUGAGCAAUAUAUUCAGCUCUUGUUCUAGAGAGGAUCACCGACUACAGGUUUCCAAGUGGGGAAACUUGUAUGAAACAACUCACCGUGUGGUCGAAGAUAUUCGAUUUGUCAUGAGCCAUUCUACGAUACCUAAAUACAUGACAUGUGAUCGGCGUGAUAUCUCAAGAACGUGGAUGAAACUCUUGGCUUUUGUGCAGGGCAUGAGCCCUCAAAAGAGAGAAACAAAUAUUCAUAUAGAAGAAGAAAAUGAGAAUAUGCAUUUACCUUUCGUUUUAGGCCAUUCUAUUGCAAAUAUUCAUGCUCUGUUAGUGGCCGGAGCAUUUUCUAUGAGUAACAGAGAGACAGAAGAUGAAUCAGUUUCCACUAUGUAUAAGCAGGAUAUUGAUGAACAAGAUAGUGUAAGACAUGCAAAAGUGGGGAGACUUUCACAAGAAAGCUCUGUUUCUAGUGUGACUGGCAGGGGCAUUUCAUUUGAUUGUGAAAUGAAGUCUGUUGAAGGGAAUGCUGAUAGUUUGGCAGUCCUGACUUCUAUUUCAUGGUUAAUGUUCGAGUGUUUAAGGGCCAUAGAGAACUGGUUGAAAGUGGACAAUACAUCAGGAGCUCUUCGCAGUGUCUUAAAUUCAAGAGCAAGCAAUUCUUCUGGUGGUAAUUUCUUUCAAUUAAAGAGAACACUAUCUAAGUUUAGAAAGGGCAAAACUAUUUUCAAGUCACCUAGUAAUCAUAUGGGUUCUCAAGAAUUUCAUACUAAGCAACUUUCUUCACUCGCUCAUUAUGGUGUUCAUCAACAUUUGAACGGGUCAAAUGACACCAUUUCUGCAGGUUUUGAUGAUCGUCUUGUGGAAGGAGAUUAUACAAAUGAAAUAGAGGCACUUACUGUUCUGAGUUUGGCAGAUUGGCCAGAAAUUCAAUACGAUGUUAGUUCAGAGGAGAUAUCAGUACACAUUCCAUUACAUCGUCUGCUCUCAUUGGUUUUGCAAAGAGCAUUAAAGAGGUGUUAUGGGGAAUCUGCAUCGCCAGAUAUGAGGAUCAUUGGUUCUGCUGAUUCUUCGUCAGCCGUAUAUGAUGAUUUCUUUGGCCAUGUGCUAGGUGGUUGCCACCCUUAUGGAUUCUCUGCUUUUGUCAUGGAACAUCCUCUGCGUAUUAGGGUAUUUUGUAGUGAAGUUCAUGCUGGGAUGUGGCGGAAGAAUGGGGAUGCUGCAGUACUAUCUUAUGAGUGGUAUCGUUCGGUUCGCUGGUCUGAGCAGGGUUUGGAGCUUGAUUUAUUUCUUCUACAGUGUUGUGCUGCAUUAGCUCCAGCAGAUCUUUAUAUUACUCGAAUUAUAGAACGUUUUGGUCUAUCAAGUUACCUUUCCUUGAAUUUGGAAGGAGUUACUGACUAUGAAGCGGUUUUGGUGCAGGAGAUGCUAAAUCUUGUUAUACAAAUUGUAAAAGAAAGGCGAUUCUGUGGAUUAACUACAGCUCAAUGUUUGCAACGUGAGUUAAUUUAUAAGCUAUCCACCGGAAACGCUACUCAUAGUCAAUUGGUUAAGUCCCUUCCUCGUGACCUUUCCAAAGUUGAUCAGUUUCAACAAAUUUUGGAUACUGUAGCUGAGUACACGUAUCCAUCUGGAAUCAAGCAGGGUAUGUACAAACUAAGAUUAGCAUACUGGAAAGAGCUAGACUUGUAUCAUCCUCGCUGGAACUCAAGGGACCUGCAAGUUGCAGAAGAAAGAUACUUACGUUUUUGUGAUGUGUCUGCAUUGACCAAUCAGUUACCAAAAUGGACAAAGAUCUAUCCUCCUCUUAAUGGGUUAGCUAGAGUAGCUACAUGUAAAACAGUUCUAAAAAUCAUCCGAGCUGUUCUUUUCUAUGCACUUUUUACCGAUAAGUUGAUGGCAUCACGUGCUCCUGAUGGCGUUCUUAUAACAGCGUUGCACUUGUUAUCCCUAGCACUGGACACGUCUCAAAGGCAGAUUGAAUGUGGUGAUCAAUCAAGUCAUGUAGAUAACUCUAUUCCCCUUCUGGCCUUUGCUGGUGAGGAAAUAUCUACAGGGUUCAAUGAUGGCUAUGACAAUCAAAGCUUAUUAUCGCUUCUUGUGUCGUUAAUGAGGAUAAAUAAAAAAGAAAAUAUGUACAACUUUGUGGAAUCUGGUGGGUUUGACCUCUCUUCUAUGAUUAAGAAUCUCCUUCAGAAAUUUGCCGAGCUUCACUCUGGAUGCCUGACAAAACUGCAAAUACUAGCGCCUGAAGUUGUUAAUCAGCUAUCUCAUUCCAGACCAAGUGGUAACGCAAAUAAUGGUGCAUCCAUUUCAGAUAGUGAUAAGCGGAAGGCAAAAGCUCGCGAGAGACAAGCUGCAAUAAUGGAAAAGAUGAAGGCACAACAGUCGAAAUUCAUGGAGAAUAUAAAUUUAACAGCAGACAAUGGCUUGAAUGAUUCAAAUGAUGCUGAAGAAAGCUCUUCUGAUAUUGCAAAUGAUUUAGAUGGACCUGAGCAAGUAACCUGCUCUCUUUGCCACGAUGCAAAUUCCAAGACUCCUGUGUCUUUUCUAAUUCUUCUUCAGAAAUCCAGGCUUAUGAAUUUACUUGAUAGAGGUCCCCCAUCAUGGGAAAAAGUUCACAGAUCUGGGAAGGAGCAAGUCUCUACUAGUGAGGACGCAUUGACUGUUCAAUCUUCUGCACAUCCUCUUUCAAACAGUUCAGAAACAAUACCGUCAUCCCAGUUAAUGGAUUUAGUUCAAAAUGCAAUCAAUGAAUUUUCUUCCACUGGUCAGCCAAGAGAGGUUGAUGCCUUUCUAGAAUUUAUCAAAAUCCGAUUCUCUUCUCUGAAUAAUUUAAGUUUUCCUCAGACAUCACCUGAUAGGAGUGAACCAACCACAGCUUCCGGUGAUGCAUUUGAAGAAAAUAUGUACACGCUGAUUCUGAACACUAUGGAAAAUCAUUUGGUGCAACCAAAUAUUUUGAGGAAGGUCGAGGAUUUCUCAGCUGCUGGAUGUAGUUCAGACAGUGGUUCAAAUGAAUCUCUUUUGCUCGGAAAGUACAUUGUCUCUAUCUCCGAUGAGAUAGUAAAUAAUCCAUCACCCUCAGAAAAUGCUGGGUCUCGUAGUGGUAAGGCACAGGCAGGUUCAGUGACUUCACGCCUGCCAUAUGAUGGAUUUGGGCCUUCAGAUUGCAAUGGUAUUUAUGUUUCUUCCUGUGGCCAUGCUGUGCAUCAGGGUUGCCUUGAUCGUUAUCUAAGUUCACUGAAGGAAAGAUAUACAAGAAGAAUUGAUUUUGAAGGAGGACAUAUUGUGGAUCCAGAUCAGGGGGAGUUUCUGUGUCCCGUUUGUCGGGGACUGGCAAAUUCCAUCUUACCUGAUUUGCCUAGAGAAGGAGUGAAGGAUAGUGGACCAUUGAAAACUUCAAAUCUAUUACCUGCAGAUGCUAAUAACGAGUUACCAUCCAUGAGUAGAGGAUUUGAAUCUCUCCUUAGACAAUCCCUAUCGCUUUUGCAAGCUGCGGCUGACGUUUCUGGAAGGAAUGAAUUUCUUGAGGCUUUUCCAGUGCAGCGGAAAGGAGGAAUGGGAACAAAUCUUGAAUCUGUGGUUCAUUUACUACGUGGAAUGUAUUUCCCAGGCAACGAUAAAAUUUCAGGAUCAAGUCGGUUAAGUGACUCUAUGAUUAUGUGGGACACUCUCAAGUAUUCCCUUAUAUCUACAGAAAUUGCUGCUCGAUCUGAAAGGACAUCUUCGGCUACCAAUUAUGGCCUUAGUGCCUUGUAUGAGGAACUAAGGUCUUCCAGUGGCUUUAUUUUGUCAUUAUUGCUGAAAAUUGUUCACAGCACCCGGGCCCAAAAUUCUCUUGAUGUCCUCUUACGAUUGAGGUGUAUUCAACAAUUUGCAAAGUCUAUAUGCUGUGCUGAUACUCUGAAUGAACUACCCAGUCAUGCUUACAGAGUUGGAGUAUGCUGGGGGUCUGAACAGUCCUCAUGGAAACAACCGCUCUACUAUGGGGUAGAAGUAAGAACUCUUGAUGUUGAAUGUCUAAAAAAUGAUCCGAUAGAAAACAUGAUGUCCGUAUUGGAAAAUGUUGAUAUGGGCAUACAAUUCCCUGAUGUUCAAUUUUGGACAAUGGCAUCCUAUCCUGUCCUUGCAUGUGAUGGUUUUUCGACUUUGAUGUGGAUCCUCUUCUGUCUUCCAGUCCCAUUUAUGUCCUCUGAGAGAUCAUUCUUACCUCUUGUUCAUAUGUGCUAUGUUGUCUCCAUAACUCAGGCCGUAAUAACAUAUUCUGGGAAAAACGAAUGCGGUAUGGACGAUCUCAGUUACCAUGAUUCUCUUAUCACUGACAUUUUAAAAUUUGUGGGUGAACGUGGAUUCUUACGUCAGUAUUUUAUUUCCAACUAUACUGAUGAUUCUCGUGAUAUCAAGGCAACAAUUCGUAGCCUUAGCUUUCCUUUCUUACGAAGGUGUGCACUACUGUGGAAAUUAAUGAACUCUUCAACUUUAGCACCAUUUAGUGGGGCUCAUGUGUUUCAUAGAUCAUCACAAACAUUUGAAGAUAGAAUGGAUUAUGCAUAUGGCACCGGGGAAGAGUCUGUUGAAAUUGAUGAGUUGGAGAAGAUGUUUAAGAUUCCCCCACUAGACAACAUAGUUAAUGAUGAGGUUUCACGUUCUUCGGUUUUAAAAUGGUUACAUCACCUUGCUAGAGAAUUUGAAGUUCGUACUCCUUCAGGGGUUUUAUACUCAACCCCUGUAGUCCCAUUCAAGUUGAUGAUUUUGCCUUACCUCUACCAAGAUCUCUUGCAAAGGUACAUAAAACAGAAGUGUAUCGACUGUGGAUCUGUUCAGGAUGAACCUGCAUUAUGCUUGUUAUGUGGUAAAUUGUGCUCACCAAGCUGGAAGACAUGCUGCAGGAAUAACAAGUGCCAAACUCAUGCUAUGACUUGUGGUGCUGGUACUGGCGUAUUUCUGUUGAUUAGGAAAACUACAAUAUUACUUCAAAGAUCUGCACGUCAGGCACGUUGGCCAUCUCCUUACCUGGAUGCAUUUGGUGAAGAGGACAUUGAAAUGCAUAGGGGGAAGCCAUUAUAUUUGAAUGAGGAACGCUAUGCGGCUUUAAGUCACAUGGUGGCUUCUCAUGGACUUGAUCGGAGUUCGAAAGUGCUGCAUCAAACAUCAAUCGGUGCUUUUCUAAUGCUUUAGAUUGGAAUUUUCGUAGAUGAGCUCUACUGGAGAGGAGUGGUGGAUGUGGUCGGAAGGAGGGAUUUUCGUCAUGCGAAAGACCAAAUUAUGGCGUCGUUGAAGUGGAUUCUCAGCCUCCUAAAUCUUAUCUGUACAGUUAUUGUAAAUAACUAUGAAAACUUAUGCUCAAAAUCAUUAUGCUUUAACUGCGAGAAACAAUAUAUGGCGACGACAUCUCUGGUUGUAUAAAUAUUCGCCAAAUUUCGGUAUUUA